AUGACAAAAGAAACACUGGGGCACAGAGCUGGCCGGCUGGCUGCCUGCAGGCCUACGGGUUUUUAUUCAGUGGAACUGCGAAGCGAAAUUGGCACUGCCAUCAUGAAGAAGCUCCACCCCAUAGGUCUCCUCCACUCUUUCACUUGUCUUCUGCUCUGUGCCACCAUUGCACCAGCGAGAGCCGACAUCCGGCGUGAAGCUAAAGCACUCGUGAACUGGAAGACUAGCUUGGCCAGCGCCGAUGGGUCCCUAAGCUCUUGGUUGCUGGCCAAUUUCACCAGCCCCUGCCACUGGAUGCACAUCACCUGCAAUGCAGAUGGGAGCGCCAUUAGAAAGCUCAACAUCAGCGAUGCGAGUCUCAAUGGCACACUUGACGAGUUCGACUUCUCGGCUUUUCCCCACCUGAAGAAACUCAUCCUCUUUCAAAACGAUCUGUACGGUACCAUUCCAGCAGGGAUCGGUGACCUGGCAAGCUUGGUGCAAUUGGAGAUCAUCAAGAACAAGUGUUUGAUGGGCACAAUUCCACGCAGCAUUGGCCGGCUGAAGCAGCUCACCACACUGCAACUGGAAGGUUUGGGGCUUGAUGGUGCACUACCAGAAGAGAUUGGUAACUUGACAAGCUUGAGGAAGCUCUCUCUCCAUUCAAUCGAUUUGACAGGAUCAAUCCCUUCAACAAUCGGGGCACUUACAAAGCUCCGCUUGUUGCACCUGAGAAACACCAAGCUGACAGGCUGCAUCCCGCUGGAGAUUGGCAACAUGACAGAAUUGUUGACCAUGGACUUGUCACAGAACUAUUUGCAAGGGCAGAUACCAGAUACAGUAUCUCGUUUGGUGAAACUAAGAAUCUUGGAACUGUCAAAGAAUCAGCUCGGAGGCCACAUUAUCCCUGAGCUUGGGAAUAGCAGCAUCAUAUCAUAUAUCAACAUUGCACGCAACAGCUUCUCUGGGGCGUUCCCGCCAUCCAUCUGCAUGGGAGGGGCACUGACCGUAGUCAAUGCUGAAUACAACAGAUUUACAAGCCUUGACGAUCUGACCUUUCAAAACUGCACGACCCUGGAGCAUGUUGAAUUCACCGAAAACAACAUUGUUGCAGACCUAAGAGGCUGUUUUGGCAAGUCUUUGGAAAACCUUCGGUCGUUGAUUCUCGGUAAAAACCAACUGCAUGGCACGCUUCUGACAGAUCAGGGAGAGGUAUUUCUUUGUAACUCUACUUAUCUAGAACUCCUGGUCCUAUCGAGCAAUAACUUACAUGGACAUCUGUCCAAGUGUUUAUGGGACUUACCGUAUUUGCAAUUCGUGGAUCUCUCCAGCAACUCAUUCAGUGGUGUUGUUCCAUUCUCAGCAACACCUAAACUUGUUCUCAAGUCUCUACACCUAGCAAAUAACAAUUUCAGAGGAACCUUUCCUUCGGUUCUUAAGAAAAGCAAGAGGCUUGUCACCUUAGACAUGGGGGGCAAUAACUUCUCAGGUGCAAUACCUUCUUGGAUAAGUAAGAGCUUGCCCAGACUAAGAUUUCUUCUACUCUCAUCAAACAUGUUUGAUGGCAUCAUACCACCGCAGAUAUUACAAUUUCGCCAACUCCAGCUGUUGGACUUGUCAAAAAACAAGCUAACUGGACCCAUCCCAAACGAUUUUGCAAACUUCACUGGCAUGACGCAAGAACAAGUUGGAAACAUGACAUACCGCUUCCUGCAAGCAGAGAAGCUCCAAAUAGUUUGGAAGAAUGGGGGUUAUGUUUACACCAGCACGAUAGCAUUCAUGGCAGGUAUCGACUUAUCCUGCAACCUUCUUUCACAAGAGAUCCCAAAAGGGCUCACAACACUUCUUGGAGUCAGAUACCUAAAUUUGUCAAGAAACCAUCUAUCAGGUGGUAUUCCGAGAGACAUUGGCAAUCUGGCAUUGCUAGAAUCGCUGGACCUUUCACAGAACCAACUCUCGGGGGAAAUUCCUCCAAGUAUUGCAGAUCUGAAGGACCUGGGCACUCUGAACCUCUCGAGCAACGGUUUAUCUGGGAGGAUACCAACAGGAAGCCAGCUGCAGACAUUCUUAGAUCCUUCAAUAUACAGCAAUAAUCAUGGGCUAUGCGGUUCGCCAUUGCAGGACUGUGUAAAUCCAUCAGCAUCAAAGCAGAACGAAACAGACCAAGAUGAAGAUAGGGAGACAUUGUUGCUGUAUUGCUUUGUGGCUGCUGGGGUUAUCUUUGGGUUCUGGCUAUACUGGAGCAUGCUCUUAUUUUGCAAUAAGCCAUGGAUAUGUGAGUUCUAUCAACAAAUCGACAACAUACAAGAUAAGGUAAUUACCAAGAUUGCUGCAUACCGCACAUGCGGCCUUGAAUGAGAAAGUGCAGCACCACCUUCUUAAUUCAACCAUUGA